GUCAUCUUUGAUGAAGCGACCCAAGAGACUUUGCAGACGGAUCCAGCUGUUUGCCGCCUAGGUGAAAAAAGCCGCUACUACUUUGAAGUUGGCCUCAAACUGGCAUAUUUGACAAAGAACUUUAAGCUUCAAGAGAUUCUGGUGAAUGCCUACAUACAGCGCUAUCAUGACUUGAUGACUCUGAGCUCCGGCAUGGGCGAGGCCAACCGGUCCUCGAUUCGCAAAGCAGUGCCCAGCCAAUUCCUGAGCAGCCUCACUGCUCUUGAAGAGGAUAUGCAUCGUGGUGCCCGUGAAGCAGAAGAUCAAUACCAGCGGUGGACUGGCAGCUUCAGUUGUUGGCAAUUGGAGCCUUCCCAUAUUGCUGAAGUUCCAGCCUUCAAGCGAGCACGUGCGGGCGCUUGA